UUGCUCUCUCUGUCUUCUCUCUCUUUUUUCCGAUGCUUGAAUAGAAGUGGACCAAAAAGUCUUUGUAUGUCCUGGGACUCUAUUAAGGGUGCAGGCAGCAAGUUUGCUGCAAGAGGCGGAGCAUCAGUCGGGGGCAUGGUGUAAGGAUCCCCUGCAGUCUGGUGACCGUCUUUACGUCAUGCCCUGGACUCCAUACCGCACGGAUAUGCUGUACGAGUAUGCUUCAUGGGAAGACUUCAAACAGAAUCGAGCCACGACCACUUACAAGCUGCCAAAUCGUGUGGAUGGAACAGGCUUUGUUGUAUAUGAUGGUGCUGUUUUUUACAACAAGGAACGCACACGCAACAUUGUUAAAUAUGACUUGCGCACACGUAUAAAAAGUGGAGAAGCCAUAGUCAAUAAUGCCAACUAUCAUGACACCUCACCAUACCGCUGGGGUGGCAAGUCCGAUAUUGACCUUGCGGUGGAUGAAAACGGUUUAUGGGUCAUCUACGCUACGGAGGCCAACAAUGGACGACUGGUGGUCAGCCAGGUUAACCCCUACACCCUGCGCUUCGAGGGAACCUGGGAGACUAGCUUUGAUAAGCGACUGGCGUCCAAUGCUUUCAUGGCAUGUGGUGUUCUAUAUGCUGUCCGCUCUGUUUACCAAGACGACGACAGCGAAGCGGGUGGAGAUCUGGUGCUGUAUGCGUACAACACCAACAGAGCACGGGAAGAUCCUGUCCACAUCCCCUUCCCCAACCCCUACCAGUAUGUGUCCUCUGUGGAUUACAACCCACGAGACAAUCAACUUUAUGUCUGGAAUAACUACAAUGUGCUGCGCUACCCCCUAGAGUUUGGCCCACCAGAUCCCACUGCUGGUCCACUCAUCACCACUCAGAUGAGCAGCAGCACCACCACCGCAGCAAGACCUGUCACUUCCAGCUCCAUCCCCUCAACCAUGCGACCUCUGCCCCCAACUGCUCACCCGAUAGGGGCCAUCAACAAGGCACCAGAUCUGCGACCUAUCACCGCCACUGUGCCGGUGACUCGCAGACCCCUGCGCGUCCCACCACAGGGCCCUGAGCUCCAAGUGUGUGAAGCCAGAGUAGCCCGAGGGGUGCAAUGGCCUGCCACCCAGAGGGGGGAGACUGUAGACAGGCCUUGCCCUAAAGGAUCACUGGGCAUUGCGUCCUUUCAGUGUCUGUCCUCUCCUGUGCUAUGGAAUCCUCGUGGCCCUGAUCUAAGUAACUGCACCUCGCCGUGGGUCAACCAGGUGGCCCAGAAGAUAAAAAGCGGAGAGAAUGCUGCAAACAUCGCCGCUGAGCUGGUGAACCACACGCAGGGCCACAUUCACGCCGGUGAUGUCAGUUCCUCUGUCAGACUCAUCGAGCAGCUAUUGGAUAUAUUAGAUGCACAGCUGCAAGCACUCAGACCCGGGAAUAAGGAAUCGGCAGCCAGGAACUACAAUAAGUGGCAGAAGAGAGAGAGGACCUGCCGGGCUUAUGUUCAGGCGGUUGUGCAGACUGUGGAUAAUCUUUUGCGUGCCGAAGCUUUAGAGUCAUGGCAGGACAUGAACAGUACGGAGCAGGCGCACACCGCCACCAUGCUACUGGACGUCAUGGAGAAAGGAGCCUUCCUGUUGGCCAAUAACAUGUACAAUAAUCACUUCUCAGACCAUGCUGCCAAUGUCGGUGAGUUUGUGUUGACGAGAAACUAA